GGUUGUUUUUUUCUUCAAGCAAAUAAUUACAAAGAAGCAGUUUUAAAUAGACCGGAUCGCUUAGUUUAACACUCAUUCACAAAUCAAUUCAUCAAGCGCUUCUCCAUUGUUCAAGCUCCGUAAUUUAUGUGCUCAUGCCCAAGUGACACCAGAGCAUGAUUGAUCGUCUGAAGGGAAUAAAGGGCUGCUUGUGGAAAGAAAAAAAUCGUAAGGCAAACUCUAAUUACCAGCCCAAGCGGUGUAAUUAUUUCUCAGCUAUCCGAUCCGAACCAAUGAAUAUUGAAUGUUUUUUCGAAAGGCGGCAAGAAAUGAAUAGCGUUGGGCUAGAUGUCUCGAAUGGAUGCGAGUGAGGGAAAAGUAAAAGCGAAGGAUUAUCGACGCCAUUCCAGCGUGUCCAUCCGUGCAUCGGUGUUGCGGUUUGCUUUGGUGACGUUCGAGCCGUGUUCUCACGGCUGACGUUGAUCGAUCGGUCGGGUCGAUGGAUUAGAAGCGGGAAGUUUUAGAGAUUUAGACCCCGCAGUUUGAAGCUGCCGAUCGAUGGCAUGAUGAGAAAUGUGACUCUCUCGAUAGAAAGCAUUGCAAUAUGCUAACCGGUAUGAUACAAAGUUGUUAAUUCGACCAUUUAUCUGGAAGCUGUCAUCAGGUGCUUAAUAUCUUUCUCUUUAGGGAUUGAUAGUUCAUAGAUAUUUAAAAUAAAUUUAAUUACGAUUGUUGAUUGUGGAAAUAAUUUCAACUCACCACCAGCAAAGACACAGCUUCCAGACACCACGCCUGCCAUGCUGAAGUCCCUGUCACUGUGCUCCCCGAAGAUCCCAAGGUCUUGGGAACCCGAUAAUGCCGCAUUGCGCUAUGCGAAGCUCGAACUACGCAUGCACGACGUUACCUCCGCAAAGCGCAAGGUCAUGGCGAACAUGAAUGCAGCAGCAUGGCUACCACCGGCCAGGCUCCAGGCACACCGAUCUCGAGCGAGAGAGAGAAAGAGCAAGACACGGAUGCUGGAGCGUUGGAACAAAGAAACAGAGAAGCGUCUCUUCCUAGCGUUGGACAUCGCUGAUAUCAUCGCCCAGGUGAAAGGAAUGCGUGUGGAAGAGAUUGCGGAAGCAAUAAUCGCAUGGACAUAAUUAAAACGAGUACUAGGUUUACCUUGGUUGUGAGAAAGAGAGUUACUGAGCCCAAGUCUAAAAAAGGGAACCCUUGGAGCUGAGGUUGAUGAUCUGGUUUUUAG